CUCCUGUAAACCUCUGGUUUCGAUCGGCUAUCCGGAUAACAUCCGGCAAUUGCACAUUCCGCACCACGCAUGGGACGAAGCCGGAGCCGCAGCGGGUCGCUGGACAGCUGGGGCCGUCGCCGCCAGCCGCGUGGGCGACCGAACGAGCGCGGUCGCGAUCGAAGCAGAGAGCGCAGCCGCGACCGCAGUCGGGAUCGCAGUCGGGACCGGCCACGCGACCGUCGUGGUGGUCGCGGGCAAACGCGGUCGCGGUCUCGGUCGUUUGACCGCCGUCGCCACCGAGACUCGCCGUCGCCGCCUCGGCGCUCACGUCGCAGCCCGAGUCCUCCGCGCUCGUAUCGCCGUAGUCGAAGCCCGAUUCCCAAACGCAACACCGCCGAAGAGAGCGACGCGGCCCGCGACUACAGAGAGCGUAUUCUGCAAGGCGAUGGCGACAGCACGACCACAGACGCGGUCGAAGCAACGGCCGACGCCGAUGAUGGCUUGACAGAGGAAGAGAAAAUGAUGGCGCUCAUGGGCUUUGGUGGCUUCAACACGACCAAGGGCCAACAAGUCGACGACAACGUCGCCGGUCCAGCCUCCGGGGCCGUGCGCAAGACGAGCAAGCGCGAGUACCGUCAGUUUAUGAACAAGCGUGGCGGUAUUCCUCGCGGCCCGCCGCCUCCGCCCUCCAUGUAGGCCUCCGCAAAGCGCACACCAAACCUCGCUCAAAACAGUCGUGCCAUUACACA